AGCGAUGGCGGAUAAAAGUUAGUUGUUUGAUCAGUAAUAUAACGGUUCACACAGGCACCCAGACCAGUUCUCCCAGUAAGGCUAAGUCCAGUUGAAAGUCACUUCUGCAAAGAUGAACAGAAUUAUCCUCCAGCUUUUCGCAGUCGGAUUCUGUUUUGCUCUCGGUCAAGCCCUGCAGUGCUACAAUUGCAAACUUGGCCUCUUCGACCUGUGCUUCACCACUAAGAAGACGUGUGACAGCGGAGAACACUGCUUCAGUGGUAAAGGGACGGCAGUCGGCGUUCUGGAUAUCACCACGAAGGGCUGUCUAAAAGUGGCUGAGUGCAACAAGACCAAAGAUGUGAACUUCCCGAAGUCUGACUCCAACUCCAGCGUCUACAGCCUGACGAAGACGUGCUGCGACACGGAUCUGUGCAACGCCGCCCCAGGUCUGCCCGGGUCCACCGGGCUGAGCGUGACCCUCGCCACCAUCACUGCUCUGUAUGUGGCCAACAUCCUGGUUUGACAAAAAACGCAGCGCAGGAUGACGGAGUGGAAACACACAUAAACACACACACACACACACACACACAUGGGUCUUGACUUUACUGUCUUUGAGGUGCAUCGUUCUCUUUUUAUUUAACACACAUGUACAUCAGUUAAAAUUUUUCCUUUCUUUUAAAACAUAUUUUAAGAUUAAUCAGUGAACCGUCCCAAUUCUAUAUGGGAAAAAAUUCAAAGUUAGUUGAUGAUUACAAGUGUCACCAGCUGGAUCAUGUGCGUGAACCUGAAUUAGUUUCAUUACAGCUUGAGCAGUCACUUUAAAAAUGGGCUUACAGUAUAUUUGUUUGAAGAUUUGUUAAAUAUGACGCUCCAUUACAGUUAGCUUAAAUUAGCAUAUCUACUGGAAAGCGCUAGCCUGGCUCUGUCCGAUGAAAACAUUAUUCUCCUAGCUAAUGAACUGGCUCUGAAUGUGGUAGAUGGCAUAUUGGAUAGCUGUUUUUCUUGUGUUUAGAAUGUUUAAGAUGCACACAAAAAAGUAGUAUGGAUUGUAUCUAACUCCAUGCAACAAAGAGCGGAAUGAGCGCACUUUUCAUACUUCUGAACUAGUCCCAGAAUUCAUUAACUUUGACCCACUGUAACACCAUUUUAAAGAAACCUGAAUGAAAUGUCCAUAUCAGAGCUCUUAUGAAUAUUUCUAUUCCUAAUCAUUUCAUUUAUUGCGUUUUGCUUCCUGUUUACUUUGUAAAUGUUAAGCUAACCUGUAAAACUGUCCCUUGGCUUUUGUCUGUUAUUUUGUAUUUUGUUCUUGUUUUCUGACACAAAUAUCCAUCAACCUUUUUGUUUGAUUUUUGAUGAUUGUGUCAAAUCCACACUGCACAUUAAUACUUAACUGUCGGGUAAAAGCUAUAGUUUAUCUUGCUAGCUAUGAAUGUAUAUAAAACUGCAGGGAGGAAGAUUUAAAUUGACUAUUUUGUUUGCAGAUAUUGAAAUGAUAUCAACAUGGCAGCAAUUUGGAAAAUGUCUGACCUUUUUAUCAUACGGUUUCUAAAAUCAAAACUUUGCGUUUCCUGAACAGAAAUGUGUUUCUGGAUUGCUUUUUGUGAAACUGGGAAUGUAAUUUGAAGAAUGCAAUAAAAAUCCAAACUGGUGGGAAUAA